GCGUGGGGCCAGGGGCGGGGUGAAGGGUCAGGUCCCAUCCAAGAUGGCGGCGGCGCCGGGGAGGCGGCGGCGACCGGCGGAGCUGCUUUGGGCAACCCUUUGCCUCGGGGCCGCCCUGGCCGUGGACCGCAGCAACUUCAAAACCUGUGAACAAAGCAGUUUCUGCAGACGCCAGCGGGGGCUGCAGCCCGGGGAAUCGCCGUACCGAGCCCUCCUGGAGUCCCUACAGCUCGGCCCCGAUGCCGCCAGGCUGCAGCUCAUCAACGAAGCCACCAAGGUGCCGCUGCUGCUGGAGCUGUGGGGGCUUCAGGGCAACAUGACCCGGAUCCGCAUCAAGGAGCUGAACCCGCUGCGGCCACGCUUCGAGGUGCCGGACGUGCUGGUGGGCGAGCCCCCGGUGGAGCGGCUAUCGGUGACGGGCCGGGACGAGGGGAGCCUGGAGCUGUCGCUGGGUCCGGCGGGCCACCGGUUGCUGGUGACGGAGAAGCCGUUCCGCAUGGAUCUGCUGCAGGGCCGGGAGCUGCUCUGCAGCGUCAACGCCCGCGGCCUCCUCUUCUUCGAGCACCUCCGACGCCGCCGGGACUCUUUCUCGGAUAAAGUUAGUAGCUCGGUCGGUAGCUUGUGGGAUAAGAUCAAGACCCUUUUCCAUAGGGACCCCCCCAAGGACCCCACGGCGGAGGAGGGGGCGGCCACUGAGGGGCAGGAGGAAGCCGCCGGCGGGACAGAGGACGCGGGCAACCAGAGCGAGAAGCCCACGGAGCCCACGGCGGAGGCGACGGAGGAGCCGGGCUCCUGGGAGGAGACGUUUAAGACGCACACGGACACCAAACCCAACGGACCCACCUCGGUGGGGCUGGAUUUCUCCCUGCCCGGCUUCGAGCACGUCUACGGCAUCCCCGAACACGCCGACAGCCUGCGGCUCCGCACCACGGAGGGGGGGGACCCGUACCGUCUCUACAACCUGGACGUCUUCCAGUACGAGCUUUACAACCCCAUGGCUCUCUACGGCUCCGUCCCGCUCCUCCUGGCGCACGGCGCCCGCCGCACCCUCGGCGUCUUCUGGCUCAACGCCGCCGAAACGUGGGUGGACAUCAGCUCCAACACCGCCGGCAAGACUCUCUUCGGGAAGCUGCUGGAUUACAUGCAGGGCGGAGGGGAGACGCCGCAGACCGACGUGCGUUGGAUGUCGGAAAGCGGGAUAAUCGACGUUUUUUUGCUGCUGGGCCCUUCGCCCUCCGCCGUGGCCGGGCAAUACGCCGCCCUCACCGGCACCCAAGCCUUGCCCCCGCUUUUCGCCUUGGGUUACCACCAGAGCCGCUGGAAUUACAACGACGAGGAGGACGUGGCGGCGGUGGAGCGGGGUUUCGAGGACCACGCCGUCCCCUGCGACGUCCUUUGGCUGGACAUCGAACACGCCGACGGCAAGCGCUACUUCACCUGGGACCCCAGCAAGUUCCCCCAGCCCCGCGCCAUGCUGGAACGCCUGGCCGCCAAAAAACGCAAGAUGGUCAGCAUCGUGGACCCCCACAUCAAGGUGGACAGCGGGUAUCGCGUCCACAACGAGCUGCGCUCCCGCGGUUUCUACGUCAAGACGAAGGACGGGAACGACUACGAGGGCUGGUGUUGGCCCGGCUCCGCGGCGUACCCCGACUUCACCAACCCCGAGAUGCGCGCCUGGUGGGCUUCCAUGUUCGCCUACGACCAGUACGAGGGCUCGACCGAGAACCUCUUCACCUGGAACGACAUGAACGAGCCCUCGGUCUUCAGCGGCCCCGAGGUGACGAUGCACAAGGACGCGGUCCACCACGGCGGCUGGGAGCACCGCGACCUCCACAACCUCUACGGCCUCUACGUGCAAAUGGCGACGGCCGAGGGGCAGAUCCAGCGCUCGGGGGGGCAGCGCCGACCCUUCGUCUUGAGCCGGGCUUUCUUCGCCGGCUCCCAGCGCUACGGGGCGGUAUGGACGGGCGACAACGCCGCCGAGUGGGACCACCUGAAGAUUUCCAUCCCCAUGUGCCUGAGUUUCGGGCUGGCCGGUCUCUCCUUCUGCGGCGGUGACGGACGUGGGGGCUUCUUUAAGAACCCCGAAGCGGAGCUGUUGGUGCGGUGGUACCAAGCGGGGGCUUUCCAGCCUUUUUUCCGGGCUCACGCGCACCUGGACACGGCGCGGCGGGAGCCCUGGCUUUUCGGGGAGGAAACGGCGGGGCUGAUCCGCGAGGCCGUGCGGCGGCGCUACGCCCUCCUGCCCUUCUGGUACACGGCGUUUUACCGCAGCCACCGCCACGGCGUGCCCGUCAUGAGGCCACUCUGGAUGGAGUACCCCGAGGACACCACCACUUUCGCCAUCGAUGACCAGUACAUGAUCGACAGGGCGCUGCUGGUGCACCCCGUGACGGAGCAGGGAGCCCGGGGUGUGCAGGUCUACCUGCCCGGCAAGGGAGAGGUCUGGUACGACGUCGUCUCCCACCAGAAGCAUCACGCACCCCAGACGCUCUACGUGCCGGUGACCUUGAGCAGCGUGCCGGUUUACCAGCGUGGGGGGACGGUGGUGCCACGGCAGGAGCGGGUUCGUCGCUCCACCGAGUGCAUGCGGGGGGAUCCCUUCACCCUCUACGUCGCCCUCAGCCCCCAGGGCACAGCCGAGGGCGAUCUCUUCCUGGACGACGGGCAGAGCUUUGAUUACCAGACGAAGGCGCGUUACCUUCACCGGCAGUUCACCUUCGCUAGCAACACGCUGACGGCCAGCUCCGCGGACCCCAAGGGCUCCUUCGACACCCCAGCCUGGCUGGAGCGCGUGGUGAUCCUGGGUGCGGGGAAACCGGCCGCCGUCAUUCUCCGUCCUGCGGACGGCCCCGAAACCCGCCUGGACUUCCACCACGAGGCCGAGACCUCCGUCCUCACCCUGCGCAAGCCGGGGGUCCCCAUCGGCGCCGACUGGGCCAUCGUCCUGCGAUAAUGCAGAGGGGGGGGGCUGCUGGGGGGGGGGGCCCUGACACACACACACACACACA